GCAAAGACAGAGUGGCGCACAGAGGAACAGGAGACAGCAUGGUCACGAUCACAGAGUUUCAGAAGAUAGGCGUGGGGCUGACGGGCUUCGGCCUGUUCUUUCUGCUGUUUGGGGUGCUGCUGUACUUUGACUCUGUCCUGCUGGCGUUUGGGAAUAUCUUGUUCCUGACUGGUCUGGCAUUCAUCAUCGGCCUGCAGAGAACUGCGUAUUUCUUCUUUCAGAGGCAAAAGCUCAGAGGCUCCGCCUUUUUCCUCGGGGGCGUGGCCCUGGUACUUCUGCGCUGGCCAGUCGUUGGCAUGGCCAUAGAGAGCUAUGGUUUUGUCCAGCUGUUCAAGUCAUUCUUUCCUGUUGCCUUUGGAUUUCUAGGGUCAUUGGUAAACAUCCCAUUUCUCAAUGUGCUAUUUGCCAAGUUAUCUGGAAGCAGCAACUCUAUGGUGUGAGGAGAACUGGUGAUGGACCAAAACAAGGAGAGGGAUGGAAGAGUGGUCUGGUUUGGACUGGUUUUCUUUUGGCAGCAAGAGGCAGGACACCGGACCAGAGCCCCAAGAGCUCCCACAAUGCACUGCACUGAACUAUCCACUAUUUUAUUGAGAUGGUCAAAUAUGUGGACAUUUUAGAAUGGGCUGUGAAAGGAGGGAAUGGCCUGACAAUAUGACACAUAUUGUCAGCUCUUUUCAGCAUAUAUCAACAAUAUGAAGUAAAACGGUCCUACUGUUUUUAGUAUUUUCUGGUUUAAUGUAUCAAUGAAUCAAGUGAUUGCUUUUCAAUGGCUUGAGGACAUAAACUACUGGAAAGGUCUUGGUGCUAAGCAGAUCCAGAUAUUUGCAGACUGAAAUCAAUGAUAACAAGGUGACAUUUUGAAAAGUUUUAAAUUAUUAAAAUAUUUUUGUUGUUGUUAUUGAAGUCCUGAACAUUUUUUGGGCAUUGUUUGUUCAAGUUUGUAGUUUUGUAUGUGAUCCCAGAUAUUUCUAAUGCUCACUCACACAGUAGGAACACUUUGUGUGAAGUGUGUCUCUGUUCACAAUUCUUUUUCAAAUGCUUUUAUUAUGAAUAUUUUGCUCUAAGACAAAGUUAAACCCAGAGAAAGUGUUUGGGUGAGAUACACCAUUUGUUCUUAAAUUUUGCUGGCUAUGCAAGUAGCAUGUCCAAUCAAUCAACUACCCUUGGGGUUCAUUCCAGAAAAAUAGUUCAUUCCAAAAAAAUAAAUA